GAUCCUUUGGAAAACCAGCCCAGCUCUUUCCAAGCGCAGGAGCCGUCAUUGGCGUCCAGAAGCCCACCGGUGAAGCAGCCGGGGGCAAAGGCCCCGCCACCGCACCUGGUGGAUGAGAGUCCGCCGACGGCAGAAUCCUCAGCACAGCGUUCAGCACCGAAGGUUACCUUUUCAGACGAGCCAGACGUGAAGGAGGGCCUGCUGCCGGCAAAGCCGGCCAGCCCGCCGGCAAAGCAGCCGGCCACGAAGGAGGACUCCUCAGCCAAGCAGCCGCCAGCGAAGGCACACAGUUCUGUGGAGGAGGAGAGGCCACCGGCAAGGCCGGCCAGCCCGCCGGUAAAGCAGCCGGCGACAAAGGCACCGCCGCCGUUCCUUGUUGCACCAGAGGCUGACUCGGAAGCCAAGCAGCCGCCGGCGAAGGAGAAGCAACCGGCGGCGAAGGCACCGCCGCCCUUCCUCGUGGACACUCCAGCAGAGCACACUGCCACGAAGGAGGAGUUUGCGGCAGAGAUGUCGGAGUCCACCGACACACCGGCGGAAGAAAAGAGACCAGAGCCCACCUUGACGACAGAGGACUCAGGCGCCACUGAGCCCUGCCGGACGCUCCAUCCACCGGAGGCGAAGGUCGAUGGGCCACCAGUAAGUGAGCCGGCAGCUCCAUCAGCCACGGCACCGCCGACGUUCAUUGCCGACGAGCACGGCUCUGGGGAUGCGAAAGCGCCUGUCCCGACCGCGCGGCAGCCAGAGGCCAACGGCGCGGAGGAGGUAGGUCUUGAGACCUUGAGGCCUCAGUUUCCUCACCGUGUUUUGCCCAUGGCGGUCCUCAGCUCGAAAGUCGUGGGAUGGCUGCGAGACUGGCGACUGCAAGCAUUGAUGCUGCUUGCUCUCUCUUUCCUACUGGCCCUUCUACAAUACAGCAUCUCGUGGGGACUGCUCUGCCUCUGUGAGCUGUUGCUUUUCCACUUUGUGCCGAAACGACGCGCCUACGUGGACAUGGUGCUUCUAAUGCUGCCCUGCCUGGUGUUCAUAACAUACCUUGUUUAUGCUAUCGCAUUGUCCGCCACAGAUGGUGACAUAUUCUCGGACAUGUUCUUCAUGGUCGUUGCUGUUGCUUUGUGGGCCUGCCAGUUCUUCUCGUUCUCAACUGGACGCAUCGACUCUGCUAGCUCUGCGGCUCGCCCAGAGGACGCACAAGGAAGUUCAGAGCGGAACCGAUGUUGCUGCAUAUGUUGCGGCUGUUGCGGAGUUGUCCUGGGCAUCUCGCUAGUUGGGCAGGUAGUCGGCUUGCUUAUGUACCUUGCAACCGUCCCCAAGCCAGAAUACACAGAGACUGGCAUCGCGUACUGGUGCUUGGGCGAGCCAAACAAGUCCCUCGUUGUCUUGGAGCCGGGCUACCUGGCCUCCCCGGGAACGCUCUACUUCGUCCAGCAUGAAUUGGCAAAGGCCACACGUGCUUGCAUCUACGACCCAGUGGGAACCGGCUUCAGCGCAGGCCAUGCUCCCAGCUUCCGAAGUGAUGCAGCAGCCAUGAAGGACGUGGUCAAUGCAGAACUGGCCACGCAUGCUGACAGCGACUCCUGGCAGAUCGUUGUUGGCGGCCACUCUCGAGGACACCUCACUGCGUGCCGCUUCUGGCUGGAUUAUUCCAACUUGUACGACAGGCUCGCGGUGCUGGGGUUUGAUGGCAGCCACUGCGGGCAGACAGCCUGUAAUUACUGCGAAGAUUUUGGAGGCGUCUUCGCGGCGUUGCGACUUCUCGCAACUCCAUUCUGGACUCUGUUUUCCGGAUUGCUUCGCCUGACGAUGGCCCUUUUUCAGGAACCCUUGAUGCAGGCAAUGGCCAGCAGGCCUGUUGAUUUUCCGGACUAUCCACCGGCAGCCGUGAUCCAGCUGUCUGAGCCCUACUUCUGGCCUAAGCUCUGGCGGAGCCAAAGCUUGCGGGGGGACGCGUGGCUUAACUCCUAUGAUGGUCCAACGUGGUCCCAGUGCUGGGAGCAGCAGUUGACCGCCUCUUCAGUUUCAUCCAGCAGCCACCACCAUUUGUAUAUAGAUGCUCGGGGUGUUUGCACCGAACCCUGGUCAUGUGCAGAGCACAUGUCCAUCAUCUCGAGCAGCUGGUUCGCCAACAUUGCGAGUGCCAAGGCCGUAAGUUUUGUUGCUCGAUGA